AUUGAUUCUGGAAUUUGCAGUCAGUGAAUUACCCCUUUUUGGCUCCCUCUCCGUAAAAAACGUGCUGUUUUUCGGCCGUCCGGGAAAGAAAGUGCCGAUUUUUAGUGAAAAAUGGGGUUUGUGAAAGUUGUGAAGAAUAAGCAGUACUUCAAGCGGUACCAAGUUAAGUUCAAGAGGCGCCGCGAGGGACGCACGGACUACUAUGCCCGGAAACGCUUGACGUUCCAGACGAAGAAUAAGUACAAUACUCCCAAGUAUCGUCUUAUUGUGCGCCUCAGCAACAAGGAUAUCACCUGCCAGAUUGCCUAUUCGCGCAUUGAGGGUGAUAAAAUUGUGUGCGCCGCCUACUCCCAUGAAUUGCCCAAGUAUGGUAUAAAGGUGGGUCUUACCAACUAUGCUGCCGCUUACUGCACCGGUUUGCUGGUUGCCAGGCGAAUCCUACAGAAAUUGGGACUCGAUAGCCUCUACAGUGGAUGCACUGAGGUUACGGGGGAUGCAUACGAUGUGGAGUCCCUGGAGGACGGGCCAGGUGCUUUCCGGUGCUUCCUCGAUGUGGGUCUUAGUCGCACCACAACAGGAGCUCGUGUGUUCGGGGCCAUGAAGGGCGCCGUCGACGGUGGUCUCAACAUCCCGCACAAUGUGAAGCGAUUCCCUGGCUACAGUGCAGAGAGCAAGACUCUCAAUGCUGACGUUCACCGUGCCCACAUCUUCGGGCAACAUGUUGCCAACUACAUGAAGAUGCUGGAAGAGGAGGACAAUGAGGCCUUCAAGCGUCAGUUCAGCAAGUACAUCUCUCUCGGAAUUCGGGCUGAUGAUCUUGAGGAAACUUACAAGAAGGCCCAUGCCGCAAUCCGUGAUGAUCCAGCCCAUAAGAAGGCUGAGAAGAAACCUGUCACCAAGAAACGAUGGAAUAAGGCCAAGUUGACAUUGGAGCAGCGCAAGCAGAAUGUUGCCGACAAGAAGGCUGCCUUCUUAGCUAAAUUGCAAACUGAGGUUGAAGCAUAAAUUGAUUGAGCUUCCCUGGCAGGUUUUCCUUUCUUUGUGGGAAAACUUCUCAAAUUGUGUUUGCAUAAACUCAAUAAAGAAAAAAAAAUAA